AUCGAGGAAAAGUGAUUGAUUGUUUGUAGCUAGCUGUCAUGUCAGUCCGACACGGGAGGAAAGAAAACAGAAAUGCAUAAACUUUUGACAAGUGCAUCAAAGAACUGUGAUUCUUAAUAAUAAUAACCUAUUUUUAAUGAUUCGAAGCAGUGUUAGUGCUAAUAUUAACAUAAUACAUCACCGGGGGAGCCUUUCAAACAAUAAAAAUGAGUUUUCUUUUGUGAGUAUGACAAAUUUAGUCAACCGCACUGGUCUAUUUUUAUCUAACCAUUUUCCUUUCCGCUGACGUCUUGUUUACGUUCGCGGCCAAGUUUCGGUAUCGUUCAAACAAAUAUGUAAAUUCGAGUACUAGUUCGCCCAUUCAGGGCCCCUUCGACAGCUUUAAAGCAUCGCGGGAGCCGGUCGAACAAGACCUUCAAACCGAAGAAGAACAUUCCCGAGGGUACACACCAGUACGAUCUAAUGCGGCACGCGGCGGCCACACUGGGCUCCGGCAACCUGCGGCUCGCCGUCAUGCUGCCGGAGGGCGAGGACCUCAACGAGUGGGUCGCCGUCAACACUGUAGACUUCUUCAACCAGAUCAAUAUGCUGUAUGGUACAAUCACAGAGUUCUGCACAGAGGAAUCAUGUGCAGUAAUGUCAGCAGGGCCUAAAUAUGAGUACCACUGGGCGGACGGUCACACUGUCAAGAAGCCCAUCAAGUGCUCGGCACCAAAAUACAUUGACUAUCUCAUGACGUGGGCGCAGGAUCAGCUUGAUGAUGAAACCCUUUUUCCUUCUAAAAUAGGUGUGCCAUUCCCUAAAAAUUUCCUGUCGAUGGCGAAGACGAUCCUGAAGCGUUUGUUCCGCGUGUACGCGCACAUCUACCACCAGCACUUCCCGGAGGUGGUGCAGCUCGGGGAGGAGGCGCACCUCAACACUUCCUUCAAACACUUCAUCUUUUUUGUGCAGGAAUUCAACCUGAUUGAGCGACGGGAGUUGGCACCACUGCAGGAACUGAUCGAAAAGCUCACGGCCAAGGAGGCGCGAUGAGUCUCCCCUCCCCCUCGCACACAUCUUCUCCUCUCCCUCUCUCCCUCCCCUCUCCCUCUCCCCCGACCCCGC